AUGUACUAUUCUACUCCACACUCCGUUACCGGUAAAACUCCAACUGAGCUUUUGUUGGGUCGUACCAUUAGAACUAAGAUUCCGUUCUUGAAGGAAGUUGAAACAAACCCAAUAACUGAAGAGUUUCAGGACCGUGACUGGAGUAGCAAAUAUCAUUCAGGUCAUCAUGAAAAUGAAAAACGGAAUGCGAAGGAGUCCAAUCUAAAGGAAGCAGAUAAAGUUGUGAUGCAAAACCUUAACCCUGUAAACAAGCUGAGCACCACGUUUGACCCAACGGAAUGCACGAUAGUGUCGAAAUCAGGAACACGUGUUACGGUGCAGAAUGAAAUGACUGGGGAAAACUUAUCAACGCAACUCAGCACUCGGAUCACGGAAGCAGCAACUAUCAAUAUUCAAUCACGUACUAGCGACUAUCAUCAACAACUACAAUGUGCGGUACUCUACAAGAUCUCCGACCCGAUUCCGCACAAAUUCGUCGAUAUCACGGAUUGGCGGUUACACCCAAGCAAGCAACUAGCAGAUAGGGGGUUCAACAUCCCUGGCAACGUCGACCUACUUAUUGGUGCAGGUUUCUUUUAUAAACUGCUCGGUAACGAAAGAGUCUCACUGGGUGAAGCACGGCCCAUUCUUCAAAACACACAUUUAGGUUGGGUCGUGGCAGGCAUUUAUGACACUGAGCUAUCACCAGCUACUGCGGCAACAUCCUCAAGUGCACUUUGCUUCAAAUCAUCAUUCCUAUCUGAUGAAUCAUCGACCCUGAACAGAAUGGUGGCAAGAUUUUGGGAGCUGGAAGAUUUUGCGCCAACGAAACACCUAACAGAAGAGGAGAGACUGUGCGAAGAGCAUUACCAACAAAACACUGUCAGAGCUACUUCGGGAAGAUACAUCGUCAAGCUACCUUUUCGUAAGGACCCGGCAUUAAUAGGCGAAACGGCGUAUUCGGCUUUGCACCAAUUCAAUGCAGUGUCGCGAAAGCUGGAAAGAAAUCCGGAAUUAAGACAUAGAUACUUCGAAUACAUCAACGAGUUCAUCGAAAAUGGCUACAUAUCCAAAGCAGACCCGGCAGGCCCGUCGGAACGACUAAUCUACCUACCACACCACGGAGUGCUGAAGGAACAAAGUGAUACGACCAAAUUAAGAGUUGUUUUCAAUGCGUCACUCAAAUCAACGAACGGUACAUCACUAAACGAUCUCCUCAUGGUGGGCCCUGUAGUUCAAGAAAAUCUGUACACCAUCCUACUGAAUUUUCGCAUACCGUGCAUCGCCAUCACCGGGGAUAUUGAGAGAAUGUAUUUGCAGAUCCAUGUCAGUGAAGCAGAUAAGCAUCGUAUUAGAAUGUUGUGGCAAGAACCCGGAAAACCCAUCGCUGAGUACACACUGAACACCGUGACAUUCGGCAUGGCAUGUGCACCCUACUUGGCAACCCGGACCUUAAAGCAACUGGUACUCGACGAGGGACAUUUAUUUCCAUUGGCAAGGCAAGCAUUAGACGACUUUUACGUAGAUGAUUGCCUAACAGGUGCAUCAUCAGUUGAGGAAGCAAUCGAACGUCGUCGACAAAUAACGGAGCUGCUGAAGCGAGGAGGCUUUUCCACCAGGAAGUGGGCAACAAACGAUCCUGCAGUACUGCAAGACAUCCCUCCGUCAGAGCGUGCAGUUAACCUCAUCCAAGAACUAGAUCCGGAAGCCAGUAUGAAGACUCUCGGCGUACGAUGGAACUUUGGAGACGAUACGUUCACGUUCAGCUCAUCAUGUGACGAAGCAAAAAACUUAUCAAGCAAACGGGACGUAUUAUCAAUGAUUGCUAGGAUAUUUGAUCCUCUAGGACUCAUCGGCCCAGUCAUCAUCCCAGCGAAAGCAUUCAUGCAAGAAUUGUGGCAGCUACAAAUCGAUUGGACCGAUCCCCUACCGGCAUCCAUGGUACUGCGUUGGUCAAAUUAUUUGGACAACCUUCGUGACAUCGAAAACAUAAGAAUUCCUCGGCGUUGCAUCAGCAUUGGUCAUCUAACACGAAUACUACUGCAUGGCUAUUGCGAUGCCUCGAAUAUUGUUUACGGAGCAGCACUGUAUCUGCGGACCAUUGACGAGGCAGGAAACGUCAGUUCUCGUCUACUCUGUUCCAAAUUAAAGGUAGCUCCGAUCAAUACACCAACAAUUCCGCACCUCGAACUCCGUGCCGCCGUGUUGCUAGCCCGCCUGAUUGAAACCGUGAAGGCGGCUUUGCGAACAUCGAUUCAUCAAAUCGUUGCUUGGAGUGACUCUACAACGACUUUGGCAUGGAUAGCGGGUCCUCCGGCGAAAUGGAAAACCUUCGUCUCCAAUCGCGUCGCCGAAAUUAUCUCCAUACUACCCGCUGUUAACUGGAGGCACAUUUCUGGAACAAAUAACCCCGCAGAUCUGUUAAGUCGUGGUUUGGCACCAAGUGCUCUGGCAACUUUAUCUUUAUGGUGGGAAGGACCGGAAUGGGACGAUAGCCCACUCGAACCUGAAGUCAAGCAACCAACAGCAGCAGAAGUAGCAGUCAUCGAGAAGGAACGAAGAAAACAAAUUUCCGUUCAAUCGUUCGUAGUUAUUACCAGCGAACGAUCAAACGAAGCACAUCAGUUUGGACCCCUUACGGUGAAUGAACAAGAAGCUGCAAAGGUAAUCCUGAUACGGUAUACCCAACAAAUGCAAUACCCAGCAGAGAUUCAAGCAUUGGAACAACAGCGGCCUCUAUCAGAGAAUAGCAAGUUACUACCUGUAUCUCCAUUUUUGGACGACACUCUUCUCAGAGCGGGCGGCCGGUUGGCACGAUAA